AUGUUAUCCGAUGGAAGGAUCGUAGCAAUCAAGAAAUCAAAGGUGGUUGAUGAAAGCCAACUAGAACAAUUUAUUAAUGAAGUGGUCAUUCUUUCACAAGUCAAUCAUCGAAAUGUCGUUAAACUAUUGGGAUGUUGCCUAGAAACCGAGGUGCCACUACUUGUCUCCGAGUUCAUCUCGAAUGGUACCUUGUAUGACUUUAUCCAAGAUGAAACUAACGAGUUCUCAAUCUCUUUAAACAUGAGAUUACAGAUCGCCACAGAGGUUGCAGGAGCACUUUCUUACUUACAUUCAUCAACCUCCACUCCAAUAUACCAUAGAGACAUUAAGACUACUAACAUACUUUUGGAUGAAAAGUAUAGAGCAAAAGUUUCUGACUUUGGAACUUCACGGUUUGUGUCAUUAGAACAGACUCACUUAACUACGUUAGUCAAAGGGACCUUUGGUUACUUGGAUCCAGAGUACUUCCAAUCAAGUCAAUUUACUGAAAAAAGUGAUGUAUAUAGUUUUGGAGUUGUUUUGCUUGAACUCUUGACAAGAGAAAAACCAAUAUCCUUGACUAAAUUUGGGGAACAUAGAAGUUUAGUUGCAUACUUUAUGGAAGCCGUGGAAGAAGGUCGUGUUUUAUCUAUUUUGGAUGCAAUGGUUGUUAAGGAGGGUUCAAUGAGUGAGUUGUUAGCCAUAGCUAAUUUGGCAUUGCGAUGCUUGAAUUUGAAUGGGAAAAAUAGGCCAACAAUGAAAGAAGUUUCUAUCGAGUUAGAAGGCAUGAGAUUAUCACAUGUGCCCUUUACGAUUCAAACUAGUUUUGGACAUAUUUCCAAAUUCUUGGCGACGAUGACACCAGAGAUGUGUUGUGUGAUGGAAAUCGAUUUCAAAGCCGGAGAAGAAAAGCUUACCGGCGACGUUGGUGGAGGAAGCCGUUGGAGUGGCGGCCCUGGCGAAGGAAAGCAAGUGGCCGGAGGUGGGGUUCGACAGAAGAAAAAUCAUGUACCUUUGUUGCCUUGA